UCAACAUCGCAGUAGUAGUGACCGAGAGCAAGGGAAGGGAAGUGGACUCCCGCAAAGUCUGAAAAUAUGCCAGUGUAGCUGUGUGAGUGCCUAGUGGAGACAUCAUGGGUGACAGAAACUCCCGCAGGAUCUGUGAAUUGGUGAAACAGUCAGGGAACAGCGAUUGUGCGGAUUGUGGAUUCCAAAAUCCAGAAUGGUCAUCAUUCAACAUAGGUGUAUUUUUGUGCACAACAUGUGCAACCUGGCACAGAAGACUAGGCACUCAUGUAUCCAAAGUGAAGUCUCUCAAAUUAGAUAAAUGGGACGAUGAGCAGGUGGAACAGAUGGAAGCAGUAGGCAACUUACAAGCCAAACAACAUUAUGAACAACAUAUUCCAGCGUGUUACAGAAUACCUCAUGCCGGAGAUCCCCCUGUGUUGCUGGAACAGUGGAUACGAGCCAAGUACGAACGGCAGGAGUUUAUACAGGUUGAUAAGCAGACGUACAUCAGGAAUUCAUUGGAGGGAACACUAAUGAAGAAAGCUAAAGAUGAAAACAAAUAUUUUCCUCGUAAAUUUGUUAUUUCUGACAAUUCCUUAAAAUAUUAUAGUAAAGAGAACUCAAAGGAACCAAAAACAACAAUACAAUUAUCUGAACUGAAUGUGUGCUUAGCCCCGGCCAAAAUGAAUCAAGACAAUGGAAUGCAGUUGUCAUAUAUGUGUGACGGCUCUACACGACACAUUUACGUAUACCACGAGUCGGGGGAAAUAAUUAUUCAGUGGUAUAUGGCCAUUAGGAGCAUUAAAUUAAACUGGCUUAUGGUUGCAUAUCCUAGUGUUGCUGCAGAGGAACUCGUGCCAUACCUAACCAACGACUUUGUUAUUGAGGGUUGGCUCUCCAAGACAGGUCCUAAUGAGAGAGAUGCUUACAGAAAACGAUGGUUUAUUCUGGAUGACCGUAAGCUCAUGUAUCACGAAGGUCCACUGGAUUCCUACCCUAGAGGGGAAAUAUUUCUUGGGUAUAAGGAUGACAACUACAGCAUCAAGGAAGGAGUUCCAAGAGGCUGUAAGGACCACGACUUCUCCUUUUCCCUUAUCACCCCCGAGCGGACUUACGUAAUGUCCGCUCCAACGUCAGACGAGAGAUCACGGUGGAUGAAUGCCAUUAGUACAGUGAUGGAGCGAAGCCUGAGGCCCCAGGACAACCAGAUGGCAGUCAACUUGGUUCGCAAGAGACCCGGCAAGUUUAGCUUAGACAUCUUUAGUCUUGGCUGAAGCAGAGACCCAUCUAAGGCAGCUUAAAUAUACCAAAAUUUACUGUUAUCAUACAGUGUAUCUACAAGGUGAGAGAGAACUGUGAAUAGUCAAACUGUGCAAUCCCAGGCAAUAACUGUAGGCAAGAUAUUUUUGGGUCACUAAAGUUCGGUGAUUCCUUAAUGUUAAGAUCUUCUGAAAUUGAUGGAGAAAAACCUUGUUAUCUUAUAGCUAGGAGAUAUAUUAUACAGUAUUAUAAAUGUGAUGUUCUUGACUCUGUCCAUCACUAAAUAUAUACUGCCCUCACUAGUUACCUUGAAUGAUACUGUGAACACAAUAGUCAUUUUUGUUUACAGUAUUCGAAAACCUUAAAUGAUUACUGUACUCUACUGUAUUUUAGGAGUUAUACAGUUAACAGGAACCUAAAAUUCAGUGAGUCUGCUCAAUGAUAUGAUUGGAGUUUAUUCCUAUUGAUUUUUAAGUUCCUGUUAUUGCAUGUUCUAAAAUGUGGUAAUAAUUUAUGGUUCUCGAGUAAAAUGAUCCUGUAUAAGGUGGCUGUUGGUUACGCUGGUGUAGGGUCCAAGGCGUACCCUAACUCCUGCAGUCUUUAUUAUGAUCACUUAUCUUUCAAGGGCACAUUAUAUCCUGUUAACAUCCUUGAGAGAGAAACUAUAUGUUGCCUUAUUAAAUUUUUUUCAUUAAUUAGAGACAGAUGAGUUUGGAAAUGUAUUUUAUGAACAGCAGAGAGAACAAGACACUGAGUACAUUUGGAGAUUGAUGACCAACUACAGUACAGUACUGUAUUUUCUGGGAGUACCAACAAUAGUCCCGAUAGAUAUACCUUGCAUACAGUACUGUACUCAAAAUAUGAAAGAGACUCCAUUGUACUGUAUUGAAUGUUGCUAUUCAUAGACGGUGUGUGUGUGACAUUUCCAAACACAAGUGAUCAUAGCAGUGUACUAUCUUGUUGCAUUUGCAAAUAUUUAAUAUUAUACGUACUACUAGACUGCUCAAAGAAAUGUUUAAUGGUAGUUCUAUCUGUUAAUACUUGUGUGGAGGAUUUUAUUUCAUUUUUUAUUUGAGCCUUGAUAGCAAUACAUUCUUCACAAAUAGUUGAAAGGAAAUGACAUGAUCUCUAAGGUUUCUGUAUCCAUUAUGUCAUUUGUCACAUUACAGUUGAUGCGUGUGAAACCUCAUUCUGGGACGUGAAAAUUGUGUGAGAUUAUUUCCUGUACAACAUAACCCACUUACAUUAACCAUGCUAAAUUGUGUUAAGUGACUACUGUACACAGACAUUACUCAGAUGGUUAUAAAAAUAAAUAUUUACACAAACAUAACACAAUAUAAUAAAUAGUUUCAAGCACAUGAACACAGGAUACGAGUGAAAUAUAUUUAUUUGGUCUUAAAGGCAGCAUCCCUCCAUACUGCACAUGUUCACUGAGCAUGAAAAAUAUAUAUUAGAAAUUAAGAUGUUCAAGGAAUUAUUCUCUGAUAAAGUAUAGGUAUUUUUUAUUGACAUUUUGAGUCUAUAAAUCAGGAGAAUGUAUAUAAAUGUUUGGAGCUGCUAAUAUAGUACCCGGUAGUUACUUUGAUUCUUCCAAAAUUCUGAAAAUGUUGAGUUAUUAUGCAGAUUUCUUCUGUGUUGUGUUCUAUGGUCAGUGGUUGUCACAAGGUACAGUUGUGUCACAGAAAAGGUUAUUAUAUAUCAGGUACAGAGUCAAUAAUAGUUAUUUUACAUGAAAUAUUGAUUGGCAGUACUGUACUUGUCCUUAUUUUAUAUGAAAAAUUAAAUCUGCCAUAGUUGUACCAAUUGUUAUUUUACAUCUUAUAUGACAACAGUUGAUAUUUUACACUACAUUAGUCAGUGAUAGUUAUAUUACAUUAGAUAUAGAACUAGCAAUAAAGAAAUGACAUCAGAUACAAAGUCAAUAAUAGUUAUGGUACUUUUCAUCAGAUGUGAGUCAUUGAUACAGUACUGGUAGUUAAUUUACUUUUGUUAUGGAGUGAAAUCAAAUACUGUAUGAUUUUCACAUCAGAUACUCAAAUGAGAAGCUGUGGAUGAGUAGCAGGCUGAAGAAGGAAGUGGUACAAGUGUUGUCAUGUAGUGUAAGUGUGUGUGUUUGUCUGUGUGUUUAUGUCUGUAAUGUAUGUGUCAGGCGGGAGCACAAUGAUCAGAGGACCUAAACAGUAAAGUAUAAUUGGCUAUUAUUAAUUUUAAACCCAUAAGACUAAGAGUACUUUAGUGAGAGUCAACAUUAAGGUUUGUAGUGCAGUGAGAAAUAGAGUGAUAAUCUUUAAAUUUAAAAAAAGGUGACAAGUGGUAAAGUGAAAGUAGAAAGUAGAAAGACAGUGGUGCAUGGAUCAGGCAUAUAAAGGUGAAUGAUUGUUCCGGUAGAUGAAACUUGAGUUACCAGGCGAAGCAGUGCAAGGAGGAAUGUGAUUUUAAAUGGAUUACUUUUUACAUGAGGAAAGUUUAUAGGGAAGACUAGCAUAAAGAUAGUGAUGGUGUAGGUAGAUAGAUGUCAGUAGUGUGGUGGAUGGAUAAUACAAGGAGGUACAUUAUGUAAGUUGCCACUGCACUCAAUAAGAAGUACCGGGGUAAUCGUAGUAAGCUGUUAUCUUACCUUAAGAAACGCAAACAGAAUUAGAAUUGAGGACAUUAAGAAGAUAUAAGUAGAGAUUCGAAGUGAUUAAGAAGUUAAGUACUGAGUGUUGAGAUGGUCUGAACAUGUGGAGAAGAUAUACUGUGUUAAGUAAGAGUAACAAAGAGGUAAGGAGUAGGGGAAGCUAUUUAGUGGGUCAGAGAGUGUGUUAGUAUGGGGUUAUAGAACAGAGUUGCUUGGGUGUGAAUAGUGCGAGGAAACGACCUAUCAUACGUACAGUAUAUUCUUAUGUAGAUUAUUAUUAGUCAAAAGGAACUUAGGAUAAAAGCUUUAUAGGUAAAAAGAAAAAGAAAAUAUAGAAGCAUUUAUGUAAGGCAUCACAGAAUCUAGUCUCCUACACAUUAUGGAUGAGUGAAUAGACAUUGACUUAAGGAACAAUACAGAUAAUUGAUAGGCUGUGUGACAACCUACAGACAGCUGUGUGUGUGUGUGUGUGUUAGAAAAUUAACAAACAUUACAUUAUAGUCACUUGAAUGAAUACUUAUCAUUGCUGUCUGUAGGAUUGCGUGUUUGUAUGGCCAUCCGUCCUUGGCAUCCAUAUUAGGUUCAGUGUUAGUUUCUGCAGAUGGGCUCAAGUGUGCUGGCUGUUAUCAGAAUUUUCUAUGGGUAAAAUGUACUUAAAUAUACAGUGUGUAAAGCUGUAAACAUAAGACUUAGAUGUAAACAGUCUGACCAUGAACCCUUGGUUAACCUGUAUUGGUGUGGAUACAAUAAAAUAAUACUGUACUGUGUA